AAAGAUGGCGAACACGGGAGUGUUGCCGUUCGUCGUUCGUCAGUCUCGAAUAAUGACUUCAGCGGUGGAAAAUUUCCAACCACCGUGAAGCUCAUGACUGGCGUCCAGUGGCUUAAAUUGGACAAAACGAAUCUGUCAACUGUUCCUGAAGAAAUGGGGAAACUCGUGAAACUUGAAAACCUGUCGAUGAAAGGAAACAACCUGGACCGUCUGUACGGCGAGUUGACAGACCUGAACUGCCUGCGGAGUUUGAAUUUGCGACGGAAGAAGGUGAAGACCUCGAGCGUGCCUGCGGAGCUCUUCAAGCUGGAGGAACUGACCACCCUGGACCUGAGCCACAACAACCUGAGGGAGGUUCCUGCCGGCAUGGAAACGGCCAGGUCGCUGCUGGUGCUCAACCUGAGCCACAACAGCAUUGCUGGCGUGCCGAGCGCCCUCUUCAUGCACCUGACCGACCUGCUCUUCCUGGACCUGAGCCACAACCAGCUGGAAACGCUGCCCCCGCAGACCAGAAGACUGGCUAACCUGCAGACGUUGAUCCUGAGCCACAACCCCCUCGGCCACUUCCAGUUCAGGCAACUGCCCUCGCUGCAGUCGCUGGCGGUUUUGCACAUGCGGGCGACGCAGAGGACCUUGAACAACAUUCCAGCCAGUCUCGAGGCGCUGACCAGUUUGGUGGAACUGGACCUUGCCCAAAACGACCUUCCGAGAGUGCCCGACGCCUUGUUCACGCUGCCCAAUCUGAAAAGACCCAACUUGGCCGACAACAAACUCACCGACAUGCCCCAGAACAUGGAGGUUUGGCAGAAUCUGGAGAACCUGAACCUGUGCAGAAACGAGCUGACCGCGUUGCCGGCCGCCCUGUGCAAACUGAACGCACUCCGACGCCUCUACGUCAACGACAACCAGCUUGACUUUGAGGGCAUUCCGUCCGGCAUGGGCAAGCUGGGCGCCCUGGAAGUUUUCUCGGCCGCAAACAACAAGCUGGAAAUGGUUCCUGAAGGUCUCUUCCGGUUUAGCGUGGGCUCGUCCCUUUGGCCAGCUCCAGGUUUGCCCAGCGAAACCGACCCUCAGGGCCCUCUUGGGCCUCUUCGGGAACCAUCAAUCUCGCUUGUGGGCACGGACGCGAGGGAACCCAGCAGGGUGAGCCUGCAGCAGUUGUCCCUGUUUGGGCCGUGUCCCCUUUGGCAACUCGUCCUGGGGCGAAACAAAAUUCCGCUUCAGAACCGUUUGUUUUUCAGUUCAUCAAAAUGCAAAUUGCGAGUCGCCUCAGGAAACUGCGGCUUCACCAGCCUUCGGAAGCAGCCGAGCAGUUUGGAAAACAUUUCGGCAGCAACGGCCCCAACAGCAAAUGGGCAAGACCAGGCCCGUGGCCACGCUCUUUGGCACUGCCGCCUCCAAGGCCUCCUUCGGCAAGAAAUCGGCCACCAAGAUUACUGACGCAGUUGGCCGUCGACAUUCUGGAGCUGCUCGUCGAAGCCCCUGUUGAGGCCCUCGGGGUGUGGUGGGGGCGCGUGACCCGCGGUACGGCCGCGCCGCCCUGGCUCGGCCGGGUUGCGGCGUUGCCAGGGUAAGCCGUCCUCACCUGCGCCACCCCCGCAGAGGGGCGCGCUGGAUCACGGCGCCCGACCCGCCGCCGUGCCUUGGAGGAAAAACCAGGGUCUCUAAGCGAGUCCCCCGCCUUUCCCCUCAACAACCUCCACCUGAGGUCACCCGUGAUAGUCCUGGCGAAACCAACGCGAAACACACCGGCAAAAGGGUGUGACUGCAGAGGUGAGGGCGCUGGAGCUCCAUUUCACUUGGCGGCUGGCGCGGCGCAGACCUCAGGGCUCAGAGGCCUCAGAGCAGCAGAGUGAGGAGUGGCGUCGACGUCUCUCCUGACAGGUUCAGAUUCCAGAUUUUCCGCCGCACCGUCCGCCCGACAAGAUCCAAAUCCGUCUUCGCCACAAAAGCAGCGCGUUGAACAACUUCGUCCUCGAAGGCUCGCCAAGUCUGCAGACGCUUCG